CAAAGAUGUUGCGUGAUUUUUUGGAAAUUUAUUUAUUUAAAUAAAAAUGGCCGCCGCAGAGAGCGGAGAGGAGAGACUAGGUGAGGGGAAGGGGGAGGACCAGGAGGGCUCUAAAGAGAAGGCGCAGAAACAGAAGAAGAGCAAGAGGGAGCGGCAGGAUGUGGAGGGUGUCGAGGCCACCGUGUCCACGCCCCCAGCCGUCAUGGCCCUUGUGCGUCCUGAUGAUGGCCAGCAAGCUGAGGCCCUUGACGCUGGAGCAGCCAGCACUCCGGAAGCCACUUCCUCAUCCAAGCAGCGGCGGUCCAUCAUCCGGGACCGAGGGCCGCUGUACGAUGACCCGUCUCUGCCUCAAGGCUGGACGCGGAAGCUGAAGCAAAGGAAAUCGGGGCGGUCCGCUGGCAAGUUUGACGUCUACCUGAUCAACCCAGAAGGGAAAGCCUUCCGUUCCAAAGUAGAACUCAUGGCGUACUUCCAAAAGGUGGGCGACACCACCACAGACCCAAAUGACUUUGACUUUACGGUAACAGGGCGAGGCAGCCCCUCUCGCAGGGAGAAGAGACCGCCGAAGAAGCCCAAAGUGGUCAAGCCGUCUGGCCGAGGGCGGGGUCGGCCGAAGGGAAGCGGCAAGGUACGGCAAGCCACAGAGGGUGUGGCCGUAAAACGCGUAGUAGAAAAGAGUCCGGGAAAACUCCUUGUCAAGAUGCCCUUUGUUGCUCCGAAAACUGAGGCGGGGUCCCCUUCAGGACAAGUUCCUGUUCCCAAACUGCGUCCAGGGCGAAAGAGGAAAGCAGAAAAAGAACCACCAAGCACCCCAAAAAAGCGUGGGCGCAAGCCGGCCGCUGUAUCCCAGUCCGCAGCGGGGAUGGGGUCAAGUGCGGCUUAUGCGGCCGCGGCCAUCGUCACAGCAGAGGCCAAGAAGAAGGCGCAGAAGGAGACUGCUGCCAAACCCGUGCAGGAAAAGGCUCUUCCCAUCAAGAAGCGCAAGACACGGGAGACAAUGGAGGAGGCAGAGGGCUCUGCCACCGCUGCAGCCGAAGCAGCGCUGCCAAGUACCGGGACUGGCGUGGUGAAACGACCCAUCCCCCAAACGGCGCCCCCUGCUGGAGCAGAGGCAGAAACAGGACAAAAGCUUCACAAGCACUCUGGCCGGAAGCACAAGGAGGCGUCGGCAGCGGAUCCAGGAAAUGGCGGUGCCAGCAGCAGUGGACCAAAGAGCCACAAGAAGAGAGAUCAGAGAGGGCAACACCUCAAACACCUCCAUCAUCACCACCACCAUCACCAACACCACAUGCCGGUGAUGGAACCUUCCAUCUUCACUCCGCAGGCUCACCAGCUUUCCCUUGGGCAUUCCACGCAUGGGGGGCCACCAGCUCCUCCAGCUGCCCCAGUGGAGAAUGAGCCUCAGGACCUGAGUACCUGCAGGCCCAGACAAGAGCCGUUAGCCUGCAGGGAUGAGGCCAGAGCCGACAGCUGCGCGGCUAGAGACACUCCAACGGCCGGAAAGAUGGUGGCCACAGAGCUCCGAGCCCAGCAGCAACAGCAGCAUGGCACUGUGACGGGGGAGGGGAAGGAGCUCAGAGACAUUGUUCCUCCCUCUGCUGUUCCGAGGCCGAGCCGGGAGGAAACGGUCGAGUCCAGGACACCUGUGAGUGAACGUGUGAGCUGACUGGCUGGCUGACAGAUGGACAAACUGACCAAUCAGCUGCGGCGGCUGUGUUUGUGUGCAGGAAUAGAGGCACUCACAGGGGGAGGAGUCAUUUUUGUUUUUUUGUUUUUUUCUUCCUUUUCUUUUCAUUUUUUAACCAAGGGAAAAAACAACAAAAAUACAAAAAAAGUAAAAAUACUUAAACAAAAGGCAGCUGUUGUGUCUAGUUCUCUUUGUGAGUUGGAUGCAGGGCGAUAACUGACGUACUGCUUCCGGAUGAAUUCUCAGACGAUUUCUUUAAUUUGCCCAUUUUGAGUUAAUUAAUAUAAACAUUUUGGGAGCCAUGUGUUAUACCUUUGUCAAAGCUUCUAGGUAAUAGCAAGACACUGAAAUAGUAAUGGAUGCACAAGUCAUACUUCACGGAGAAGCUAUUUUUAAACUAAUUUUUCCCUGCCAAAAUGCUUAUGAAAUUAUCAAAUGCCUCACAAUCGUGUUACCCAGCACUAUAAAGAAAAAAAAUCCCCUUGUUUUCUAAUGUCAUAAUCCCUCUUUUCCUUCAUUUUAUAGAGUUGUCUAGUAAAUGAAGGUAGGCUGGUUGAUUUCAUGAAGAGUGUAAGGUGGAGCCGGGCUGGAGAGGGUAGUAAAGGGCCACAAUGAAACUCCCUUACCUGUUUACGCAAAUGUGGACACAGAUGUCAUAGCGCUGUCACCCCGUGACCAUUGUUUUAAACCAGAGAGGCUAGUCAGACAGUGACAGACAAGAACCUCCUGUUGGUGGGGUUUGCAUGAUGGGAAGAUGAAUGUAUUUUGGCGUAUGAAGAUCUUUGAGACAUCAAUCAUGCUUUAUGAUGCCUGGCUGGGUUCUGAGCCUAAAUGUCUUUUUCUCUGUCCUGCUGGUGUACUAAGUGCAGAGAUGUGGAGAGAAGUUCUUGAAUGAUGAGUAAUGUGAUUGACCUUGUCACCCAGAUUGAAGGCUACUGUAUUGGGAAGGAUUCUCUCUAUUAUAAUUUGUUAUGGGGAGGAUAAAGCACAAAUGUGUUUGUGAGGGAACGCUGAAAGCACAGUCCAAACUAGUGCAUGAAAUGAGCAGUUCACAUAAAAGAAUCGUUGAAAUGAAAUUCUGAAGCAGUGUAUUCUAACAUACAGCUUUUAUUCCUUGUUUUCUGUAUAUAUAAAGUGAAAUUAAAAAUGGUGGCCUUGUGUUUUCUAAACACAUUACAGCCAACAGCAUACCGUUUGGAAAUGUAGCCUUUUAUUUUUCCUCCUUAGUCAUGGUGAUAGAGUAGUCAAAGAAGUUGCUAUGAAGAGAAGACACAAUAGACCUGCUAUAUUUACUCAACUUCUAAGACAACAGCUGCGAUAGUGUGCAUGGGACGCUUAUAUUGGCGUGCUCCAGGUCUUAAUGCUAAAAGGCACGGCUGUUAGCCACAGCACUUAGACAUUUACCUUUUCUCUCACGUACUUACAAGAGGUCAUCAAGCGAUGCACAGUGCUACUGCCUAACAGUUAGUUGCGAGACAGUUUCCCAGAUAUCGUGAACUUAGUUGGGGGAUAAAAAAGACACUUUAAUUGUUCAUAAUCCAUUUUUUUUUUUUUUUUUUUUAAAUCCUUUUUUUUUUUUUUUUUUUUUUUUUUUGGUCUUUGUGUUUACAUUUAACAUAGUAUUGCUUUUGUAAAAUAGGUUAUGGUAUUACAUUGACCUAAGCCUUUUAAAAUAUAUAUAUAUUUAUUAAAAUCAAACGAAGACAAAUUCAACACCUCAUACAGUGCCCCUUUUUGGUAUGGAGCAACACAAAUAAACCCUGGCAAACCAAAAUUAGCAUAAGAAUUUAGGAUCAAGCAUGGGAAUUCUACAUGCCUUAAAUUUUUGUGCAGUUAUUAGAAAUAAAAUAAUUGCAAUGUUAUAAAAAUGUACAAAUUUUGAUAUCAUGCAUUUGGGAUGGAAGUAGAUCCCAGAGUAAGUAAACUGCAGAAGUGCUUCUUGGUCAACAGAGUAGAGCUAUAUUAAUGCUGAAAUGUUAACAAAUGUGUGUUUUUUUAAUGUGAUAGAUAAAUGGCACUUUAUAUUUACAAAGUAAAGCAAACUCAUAACCUGACUAUUGAAAUAGGAGAACCUCUCUCAUUUUGCAGUCAUGUUGGUUAGCCUUACAUGAAAUCAUACUUUCUAUUUCAUGUCAGGAGGUUGUAGCUUAUUUUACACAAUAAUAGAAUUUGAUUACUCAUAUUAAGUGCAGGGUAUCUUUUAACUCAUGGGGACUACCCCACCCCACACCCUGAAGACCUGCAGACAACAAGAUGAAGUGUACUGCACUGAAGACAAUAUGCAUAAAACUGAAAGAUUUGCAAUUGGGGAGUUUUGAAUUUUUGGUCAGGUAGCCUUUACAGUGAUUUUUUAAUUCCAAACAGUAAUGGCCAGUAGUACAGUGGAGGCAAUUUAGUUGUUUAUCUCCUCUCUCUUAUUAAACAAUUUCUUUGUGGUCAAGUAAACACUCAAAUCUGUGCUUUUAAUACCUAAUGUGCUGACCUCCCCCCCCCUGUAUUUUUCCUGUAUAUGUAUAUUUUUGUUUCAUAAUGUGACAGAAAUGAUGAUCAGAAUGUUGCAGUUGUGUCUUUUGAAUAGGUUCACAAAGUGAACUUGGGCAAAAGGAUUCCUGCCUAAAAGUGUGUGGUAGUCAUAGAAGUAUUUGUCAUUUCAGAGAAGCAUGCUAUUCAUUUACUUGUGACUUUGUACAAAAGCCUACGCACACUCACUUUUGAGGUUUGGGUGACGUUUGUGCAUUGCACUGAUUAACACGGGGAAUUGUUUAUAUGUUUAAACCCUGAUAAAGGAUAAAUAUAAGUGAAAUCAACAUGUUCUUGAGCACUUGUUCAAGUGUGAAUCCAUUGGAUUCUGAGGACUAGAACUAUAACGUUGUUUUAGUGUUGACUGGGAUUAGGGUUUAAAAAUGCAUGCAACUGAGAACUAUUCAUUGGUUAAAAAAAAAAAAAAAAGUGCUUUAGGAUAGUGAGUGCUUCAUUAUCCAGUAUCUUAAAAAUAUUUUUUUUCCUUCUGUUUUAUGUAGCUUAUUGGAAGUUUAUUUAGAUUUUUCACCAGGGGGAAAAAUAAUAAUUAUUUUUUACAAUUUAUUUAAAUGAGGGUUUUUCCUAGAACAUUUUAAUUUUCCCUAUUGUGAAAGGGUAAGUGUAUAUGUGGUCUAUACCCACCCUCUUACCCAUCAGCCUCCUCUUCACCUCGACCCUAGUCAGUGGGGAAGGGGCACAGAGAAACUAGAGCAUUUGCGCUCUGGGGAAAAGGGCUAUUUAACAUUUUCAAACAGUCAAAAUAUGAAGGACGAUUUGAUCAAGAAAGUGAAGCCAUCGAGGCAUAAGCCUUGUUAGAAGAUGGAAUUCAUUCUGUUACACUCACACUAGGUUAACUGGUUGAGGUCUGAUCACUGGAGUUUCAAGCAGCUCCAGAUACCACGAGCUUCCUUUGUUCAGCGGCCCACAUGUAUCAAACCCCAACAGAUGGCUAAUCCUGGCCAAGAUCCUCUGUCCAUUCUAACUAGAUGCACUGGCCUAUGAAAAGCAGAAAAUCGGACCCUGAAUAAGUACUUGGACAGGUUUGAUACAUAUGGCCCACUAGGAGUUCUGACCGCUCACUUAACCAAUGGCUGACGACAAAGCUGACCUACACAUGGUAAAUGUCGUCUCCCUGGUCUGACUAAUGUUGGAGGGGAGGCUGUAGCAGGAGGGUGGAGGACUACAGUGUUGGGUAAGCAAGCACAGCAGGAGAUAAAAGCUACCAACACAGAGAUGCAUAUGUAAAGGACCAUGACAUUCAACAAAGGGGAAAUCAGAGUUUUGUUUUGUUUUUAAAGAAAAACCUCCCGACAUGAAUUUCAGUCGUUAUGGCUCUACAUUAGCAUUGUGUGUAAAUGUGGAUAAAAAGGCAACCAACAAUGCUGCAUCUGUAUGAAAAAUCGGCAGUGAUGUAUCUGCCAUAGAAUGGGUAGUGCCUUUGUUUUGGGAAACUGACUAAGGUGGCCUUUGAUUACAGAAAACACCUUUAUCCCAAUGGAGCAAAACAAGUUAAACAAAGAGGGGCUGAUUGGUCAUUUUCACAAGCAGGAUGUGCUCUAAAACUAUAAAAUAUUAUUGUUUUAAAUCUUAUUUUCCAUCAGCUGGUCCUUUUUGUCUUCUUCAUAGAAAUGAUGUAUUCAUGUAACCUUCUACUUAAUGAACAGUAAUUUAUGCUUUUUGUAGCACUCAAUGCCCACUGUCAAAAAUGGAGUCCUACAAGAAAAGAUGAAAAUCACAUUUAUUUAUCUGUUUUUGUGCCUCUGGCAGACAAAUAUGCUAUGGAAUGUCCUUGUGUCCCUGUAGUCAAAAUACAUGCUAUGUACGUGAACAUGUAUCAGUAUGCAUGAUUGCCAUUAGAAGGUAGUACAUUGCUUGCCCUUUACUAUUCUUCAUAAUGAUGUUUUUGGAACACUCCUCUCCAAGAGCUGAGCCUAACCAACUGGCCAAAAAUCUGAGGGUAGAUUCACAAGGGGUGGAUGCUGUAUAUGAUCAGUAAUAGAAAGUGUUACCAAAAAAAAGAAGCAAAAACUCACAAAUAAAUAAAAAAAACAAAACAACACAAAAACAGACCCCAAAAACCCAGAUACCACACUUUAGUUGUAUUGGACAGGAAUAUCUUUUACUUUAAAGUAAAGUUUUCUUUCCCAUUUGUUGAUUUUGCCAAUCAAAGAUGGUUAAGGGCGGACUUCUGACAUUGUUACCCCAAUGCAGUGGCAAACGUAUUCCAAGUAAAUUAUAUUUGUGGAUCUUGGUGUUGGAUUUUUCCUUUUUCUUUCUUUCUUUUUUCUUUUUUUAAACCAAUCUUGGGUGUAGACUAUUUUACCUUAAAAGCAAUAGUAUACUUAGUAGACCUGAUUUGCAUUCUUUCAUUUCUUGUGUCUUUAGAUUGUGUACAAUGUUAUGUAUUUAAAGAAAAAAAGUAAAACAAUUAUAAGGAAUGCCUGAAAUACAAAUUACCAGUAAUUACAUGCAUUAAAUUACAGCACUUCAGAUAAUACAAGAAAGACAAAUGAAGGUCAAAUAAAAACACAAGUUCAAAAAAUAGGUUCCAAUCUUCAUUGGUAGAAAGUUCAUGGUCUAUUUAACAUAGUCUUGUGCCUUGAAGUUUCAGUAAUAGAAAUUUAUCUUUAUACCGUAGUUGUAUUUUUAUUCUGAGUCCUGUGUUUGCCUCUUGUUGGUAUUCAGUGCUUUGGGUGUGUUAAGAAUUUAUAGAGAUCAACAAUAUGUUUGCCUUGUUUUAUUUUCAUACAGAAAACCGCAUUUGGAAUAAAUUAGGAAAAUGUACUUGGGCAAUAUUGACUAUGUAAAAGGUAAUAGGAUCUUGGUAUUUUUCAUCCCUGAUAUGUUGAAUGUGUCACAUUGGAUGAAAUGUGUGUUUGUCGGGAAAUGUUCACCAUUUUACAUUGCGAGUUGUUCAUCGUAAAAGCCUGCCUCAAAUAGUAUCUUCCAACUACAAUUUUGCAUUUUAUGAAAGGAAUAUUUCAACCAUGACUAAUAUGACAAUGAAUUUAAGAUCAGCACUUUAUAAAGUAUGUUUCCCGGCAGGACACCCAUUAACGUUUUGUAUGUAUUUUUUACCGUUGUCCGAAGUUGCUGUUUUAUUUUCAUAAAUUUUGAUUUAGUUUUAAAUAAAAGGGAUGGGUAGUACUAUAUAUCUAAAAAUAUAUUAUUUUAACCAAACAAUCCUACAGCCUAGGUGUCAGUGGUUACUCACCAUUUGCCAAGCUAAGUCCUUGCCUUCCUGAAAGUGAAAAGUAUAGUUUGUGUCUACUUUUAUAGUACUGUGUUACUGUAUUAUUUGUUUGCCGUAUGUAACAGAUACACAACAGUAAACUGCAUUUACCUUC